GCUUAUACCAUAAUCAUGUCCACCUUAUCAGAGAAAGGUGAAGCUGCUUAUGCUGAAGCCGGAAAAGUUGCUGAAGAGGUUAUUUCUCAGAUUCAAACCGUGUACUCAUUUGUGGGAGAGGACCAGGCCAUUGAAGCAUACUCCGAGUCACUUAACAAGGCACUCAAACUUGGUAAGAAAAGUGGGGUUGCCAAGGGACUAGGUGUAGGCUUUACAUAUGGACUGUUGUUUUCUGCAUGGGCAUUGCUUCUCUGGUAUGCCGGGAAACUUGUAACACAUCAUGAAACAAAUGGAGGCAAAGCAUUUACGACAAUCAUCAAUGUCAUCUUUAGCGGAUUUGCUCUUGGUCAAGCUACUCCAAACCUGGCAGCCAUUUCUAAAGGCCGCGCAGCUGCUGCGAAUAUCAUGACAAUGAUUGAAUCAGAUUCUAACUUCUCUAAAGUAUCAGACAAGGGAGAGGUGUUGCCAAAAGUAACAGGACAGAUUGAGUUUUGUCAUGUUUGUUUUGCCUAUCCAUCACGACCCAACAUGGUGUUUGAAAACCUGAGCUUUUCGAUUAGUGCUGGUAAAACUUUUGCAGUUGUUGGUCCCAGUGGUUCUGGAAAGAGCACCAUUGUAUCCAUGGUUCAACGAUUCUACAACCCCUCUUCAGGUAAGAUACUGUUGGAUGGACAUGAUAUUUCAACUCUCCAAUUGAAAUGGCUACGCGAACAGAUGGGAUUGGUAAGUCAAGAACCAGCAUUGUUUGCCACUACUAUAGCUGACAACAUCCUGUUUGGUAAAGAUGAUGCCGACAUGGAUCAGAUUAUCGAAGCUGCUAAAGCUGCCAAUGCACAUGCAUUUAUUCAAAGUUUACCUGAUGGCUACAACACUCAGGCUGGAGAGGGAGGAACUCAACUUUCAGGAGGGCAGAAACAGAGAAUAGCAAUUGCAAGAGCAGUUUUAAGAAACCCGAAAAUAUUGCUCUUAGAUGAGGCCACAAGUGCUCUAGAUGCAGGAUCAGAACAAAUUGUUCAGCAGGCACUUGAUAAUAUUAUGUCACAGAGGACUACAAUCAUUGUUGCUCACCGGCUUUCUACUAUCCGUGAUAUGGAUACAAUCAUUGUGUUAAAGAAUGGUCAGGUUGUUGAGAGUGGUAACCACUCGGAACUUAUGUGUAAAAAAGGUGAUUAUGCAAGUCUGGUGAGCUUGCAGAUAUUGGAACAUGUCAAAGGUUCUAGCUCACUAUCUCGGUCUGCAAGUUCAACACAUACAAGCUUUCGAGUAACCAUGGAUAACAAUCAGCAAGAUGUUAAGUGUAUCACAACAAGAGAGCAGGAUCAAAAGCUUUCUCAACCUAGAUCUCCUAGUCGAUCAAUAUGGGAAUUAGUAAAACUAAAUGCCCCUGAGUGGCCUUAUGCGAUAUUCGGGUCAGUUGGUGCAGUUCUAGCAGGAAUGGAAGCUCCUCUCUUUGCCCUUGGAAUAACUCACAUCUUGUCAGCAUUUUAUUCGCCAAUUGAAUCCGAAAUCAAACAUGAAGUUGACAAGGUAACACUCAUGUUUGUUGCACUAGCUGGUGUUACUGUUCCAGUUUAUCUGUUGCAGCAUUACUUCUACACAUUGAUGGGGGAGCGCCUCACAAGUCGUGUGCGCCUAAAAAUGUUCACAGCUAUCCUCUCAAAUGAAGUUGGGUGGUUUGAUCUGGAUGAGAACAACACUGGUUCACUGACAUCAAUCUUAGCUGCCAAUGCAACAUUAGUCCGAAGCGCUCUAGCUGAACGUCUAUCAACAAUAGUGCAGAAUUUAUCACUCACAGCAACUGCAUUUGUUAUUUCCUUCACACUAUGUUGGCGUAUUGCAGCCGUUGUGGUUGCCACUCUCCCCCUACUAAUCGGAGCUUCCAUUACUGAGCAAUUGUUUCUCAAGGGAUUUGGAGGAGACUACAACACUGCUUAUGCUAAAGCGAGUUCCCUAGCUCGUGAAGCAAUCGCCAACAUACGUACUGUUGCUGCAUUUGGGGCUGAGGAUCGGAUAUCACUUCAGUUUGCAUCAGAGCUAGACCAGCCAAAUAAGAAAGCAGUGAUUCGAGGUCACAUAUCUGGUUUUUGCUAUGGCCUAUCACAGUUUUUUGCGUUCUGUUCCUAUGCAAUCGGCCUUUGGUAUGCAUCAGUUCUAAUCAAGCAAAAGAACUCUAAUUUCGGAGACAUCAUGAAGUCCUUUUUGGUGUUGAUUGUCACUGCACUUUGCAUUGCAGAAACUCUUGCUCUUGCUCCAGACAUUGUAAAGGGCUCACAAGCACUAGAGUCAAUCUUCAGUAUACUCAAAAGAGAAACAAGCAUACAUUCCAAUGAUCCCACAUCAAAUGUGGUUGCUGAUAUCAGAGGAGAUAUAGAAUUCAGAAGUGUGAGCUUUUGGUACCCAACACGGUCUGAUAUCACCAUUUUCGACAACUUGAACUUGAAGGUGUUGGCAGGAAAGAGUCUUGCAGUUGUCGGUCCAAGUGGUUCGGGUAAAAGCACUGUGAUUGCUCUAGUAAUGAGAUUUUAUGACCCUACUUUCGGAGCAGUUAUGAUUGAUGGACAUGAUGUCAAAGGCUUAAACUUGAAAGCUUUGCGAAAGAAAAUAGGACUAGUCCAGCAAGAGCCAGCACUGUUCUCAACAACAGUUUAUGACAACAUCAAGUAUGGGAAUGAUGAGGCAUCUGAAGUAGAGGUAAUGAGAGCAGCAGAAGCAGCAAACGCCCAUGAAUUCAUAAGCAGAAUGCCUGAAGGGUUCAAAACUCAAGUUGGAGAGAAAGGGGUACAGUUAUCUGGGGGGCAGAAACAGCGAGUGGCAAUCGCCAGAGCUAUACUGAAAGAUCCAUCGAUCCUUCUUCUAGAUGAAGCAACAAGUGCAUUGGACGCAGAGUCUGAGAAGCUGGUUCAGGAGUCUCUUGAUAGGCUAAUGGAAGGGCGAACCACCAUUGUAGUAGCACACAGAUUGUCAACUAUUCGUGAUGCAAACAAGAUUGCACUGAUACAAAAUGGUAAGGUGGUGGAAAUGGGUACCCAUGAUCAGCUGAUUGGAACACCCGAUGGUCUGUAUAAACAAUUGGUUAGUCUACAGCAAGAGGAGUGAACAA